AGAAAACUGGACCUGGUCCUAUUUGGCAUAAAUGUCUCCAUAGAAACAGGAGAUCCUGUGAGAGCCCUCAAAGCCCGGAAGUGCGUUUGUACUUCCGUUUUACGUCAGAGACCCGGAAGUUUGGUGAUGCGAUUGCAUGUGGCCGCUCCUAGAGAGGAUGCCUCUCGUUGUGUUUUGCGGGCUGCCGUACAGCGGCAAGAGCCGGCGGGCCGAAGAACUGCGCCAGGCGCUGGCAACCGAGGGCCGAGCGGUGUACGUAGUGGAUGACGCCUCGGUGUUGGGCACGGAGGACGCGACAGUGUACUGCGACCCUGCCCGUGAGAAGGCACUGCGUGGGGCCCUGCGAGCCUCGGUGGAGCGGCGCUUGAGUCGCCAGGACGUGGUCAUUCUAGACUCGCUUAAUUACAUCAAGGGCUUCCGCUACGAGCUCUACUGCCUGGCGCGGGCGGCGCACACACCGCUCUGCUUGCUUUACUGCGUACGGCCUGGGGGUCGGAGCCCGGGACCUCGGGUGGACGGAGCGGAGGAGCAGCGGGCCCGGAACGUGAGUGUGAGUUGGAGGCCGCGUGCGGAGAAGAACACACAACUUGGGCCGGCCGGCUCCGAGGAACCGCGUGUUGUGGGCUUUGAAGUAAAUGGGGGACCCCAAAAUAAUGUAUCGAGCGACGUGGAGCCAAAGGAAACUAGUACCUCAAAUUCUCCAGCGCUGCAGGCUCCCGAAUCCGAGAAAUCUGCAGAACACGAGUCUGGUGCCUUUUACCCUCCCGAACUUCUGGAGGCUCUCAUGCAGCGCUUUGAAGCCCCGGACUCUCGGAACCGCUGGGAUCAGCCUUUGUUCACAGUGGUAGGCUUAGAGGAGCCUUUGCCCCUGGCCGAGAUCCGGGCCGCCUUGUUUGAGAACCGGGCUCCACCACCCCAUCAAUCUACGCAGUCCCAGCCCCUUGCCUCGGGCAGCUUUCUGCACCAGCUGGACCAGGUCACAAACCAAGUCUUGGCAGGACUGUUGGAGGCACAGAAGAACGCUGUCCCCGGAGACUUGCUAACACUUCCCGGUACUACGGAGCACCUGCGCUUUACAAGGCCUUUGACCAUGGCAGAGCUGAGUCGCCUCCGUCGCCAGUUUAUUUCCUACACUAAAAUGCAUCCCAACAAUGAGAACCUGCCCCAGCUGGCCAACAUGUUUCUUCAGUAUCUGAGUCAGAGCUUGCACUAAUCAGAGUGGUAGGGGGGGGUGCUAUGGUUGUUGUCUGACAUCCAUUGCACUUUAUUUGUGUAGGAGGAAUAGUUUGAAGGUUUGCAGAGCUGGUUUAUGUAUUGCUAGAGCUGCUGAGUUGUUUCUGGCUACUUCUGUGCCAGGCACUUAAGUUUACAGAGUUGAGAAGAGAAUGAAGAACAACGUGGAGGAUGUUUGCAGAUUUCUUGAGCAGAGAGAGCUCAUGUGGACGGAGAACAUGUAGAUUGGAUUCUAGUUGUAAUGUCACACAACUGAUUUUCUCUGAGUUGUGGGUUAGGUUUAUUUUACAAACAAUUGUGAACAGAAACUGAAGAUGGCACAAUUCUGUAUCUGUUCUUUUAUACAACACACAUCUUUUGAGUAUUGUACGCACUUUUUUGCUAGCUUUUAUCUUGGAGUAGGAUUCACAGGUAAAUCCUUUGUUUUCAGUUCUUGGGAAGCUUUGACUUCUGUGGAAGUGAAGACAUAACCACUAGACUAUUUUCUCUAAUAAAGUAUUUUAAAAGUGGAGCCUGCUGGGGUCUGUUUCCCUUAAUAUAACUUAAUGUUCUCCAUGUAUCCUAAUGUGACACAUUCAUUACUAAUUUUUUGAGACUUAGACUGUGUAGUCUAAGUUGGCCUUAAGGACAGAUUGGCACACCCAACUCAUGCUAUAUACUUGGCAGAAAUAGUACUUUGAUAAUACUCGGACUGGAUUGGUCUCACCUAGAGUGAUUAUUACGACAAAUUCUGUAAUUUGUGGUUCCUAAUGUGUUUCAUCGUGAGCUUAUCUUUUUAUUCUUUUGUUGGUUUUAUUGAACUGAUAGUAUAACUACUUUAUCAGUGUCUGUCCUAUGAUUUUUCAAGCUAAUUGACCUUGAAAAGUGAAAUACAAAUGAUAGUAGGAUGUAAAAGUCUAGAGGGUGGUGACAAAAUUCUUGGGAGCUCAUAUGAGAGGACUAACUAGCUUGUGGAAGAAGGUGGGUUGGGGAAUGCUUUACUAAGGAGUUAACAUUUGAACCAUCAUUUAUUUUUUUAUCCU